AUGGGAAGCAAUUCAGGUCAGCGCGCUAGCUCAAGUUUCGCAGCGACAUCGAGCCUGGUGAAGGUGCUCUUUGAUGAGAUUAUGUUUCGCUACAACAUCACCAUUUCUGAGACCACACCAGCGGCCGGUAGUCGUGUUAGUACUACAGCGGGAAGGGAAGAACGAUGGAUGCAUAUGCAGAACAUCGUGCAGGUAGAGGCGGAUUUGUAUGGGACGUCGUGGGAUUACUCUAGUGAUCCGGGAAGGUUAAGAGAACUGCAGCACGACAGGCUCAUAAAGCUGCUCGGGCGCUUUGUGUGGAAUGACGAGGGCGGAGCUGGCUACAGAGAAUGGGCGAAGGACCGCGUCGACGUCGCGAAUUGGCCGCUCGAAGCGCUCAGUCAUUACUUGCUCGCUGUAAAUGCCAAUCUCGGGCUUGCAGUAGAAAAAGUAGACCUUGCAAGCGGAACACUUGUAGCCGCAGCUUCUCCACAAGUCUCGCCAGACACGCUAUCCGCGCAGGAGUCGCCUCUCUGGCUUCAGAAAGUGGCUGUGGAAUGGGACAGAAGCCUCAGCGCUUACAUUCGACACCUAGAACUAGAUCAUGACAAGAAAGCCACGGCAUCUGCCUUGGCCGUAGAAAUGAUUUGGACGAGUUUUUGGCCUUUCUUCAGCGUGCUCGAUAAAGCGCCGUGGUAUUUUUCGGCAGAAAAUCGGUAUAAGAUUGGGAACGGCCACCACCACCAGCGACGGCGAGAACAAGUAGCAGGAGGAGCAAGAAAGAUUCGAGAACUUCUGAAGCCGAUGGAAGAUGUUGUGAAAAGCCUCGAAGCACGACCAUGGACCAGAAUCUUGGAACAACCAGGUUACCGGGUACCACGCGAUGUCACGCACGCUUUGCGGAUGACGUUUUACAACCUCUUGAGACAAGCGAAGAUCGCUUCCGACAGAAUAUCGCCUGAUUCAAUGGCGUCUCGUCAGGAGGAGGAGGAAGAAACUUUUUUACAAGAUGAUGGAAGUGGUGCUGGUACAUCAGCAGCAUCGACAUCAAGAAUAGUGGAGGAUGACGAAGGAAGCUUGCUUUCAGCAGAAGUUUUUCUCUUUCGACUACUCUUCGUGGCCGGCCGAAUGACAAUUUCGGAUGAUAGUCCUACGUCCGACACCGCCACGAACCUGAACGAUGAUGGCUUUUUGCAGAGGUGCGGUCGGCGUUUUCUUCAUUUGAUUGCGCGCAUUGAGUAUCUGCUGUUUUUUCGAGGUCCGUGUCCAACAUAUGGCCACCUUGUCCAGGCAGAG